AAGAUGGGAGGGGUGAUAGAGGAUCAGGGUGGGGAGGGCGAAGUCUCGGAUUCCCGGCCGAGAUCUGGGGUCCUGCAGCAGGCUGAGUUUGGAGAGGCUUCCAGAGGAGGCGCGGGGUCGGGCCGCCUCGGGGUGGGGUUUAAGUGCACCAGGAGGGGCCGAGUUGGGUGGGGGGUGGCAGCCCUCGGAGGUUCCAGUUUGCCAAAGGGCGCAGUUUGACUUUUGGCGUGGGGAAGCCUUGGGAAGCGGUCCCGUGCCGCGGGUCGGGGUUUGGGUAAAUGGUAACCGGGAGGUGUGUGUGUGGAGAGACCUUUUUCUUCCCCCUCGGAGAAACUUCAGCGACGGAAGAGUAGAUAAGCUUGGGGUGAAAUAGACGAAGGAGUAGAUAAACUUUGGGAUGACCUAGACGGGAAGAAUAGCUCGGUAGCGCAGCGGGCAAGGCAGGUGCCAUGGCCCUGAUCGAAGGGGUGGGUGAUGAGGUGACCAUCCUUUUCGCGGUGCUUGCCUGCCUUCUGGUGCUGGCUCUCGCCUGGGUCUCAACACACACUGCCGAGGGCGCUGAUCCACUGCCCCAGCCUUCAGCACCGACACAGCCCAGCGAAGCCAUGGCGGUCACCGACAGCAUCAGAGGGGAGGCCCCAGGAGCUGAGACCCCCAGCCUGAGACACAGAGGUCAGGCUGCACAGCCAGAACCUGGCGUGGGGCUCCCAGCAACACCGCCACCUACAGACUCCCCCCAGGAGCCCCUAGUACUUCGGCUGAAAUUCCUCAACGAUUCAGAGCAGGUGGCCAGGGCCUGGCCCCAUGACACCAUUGGCUCCCUGAAAAGGACCCAAUUUCCUGGCCGGGAACAGCACGUGCGAUUCAUCUACCAAGGGCAACUGUUAGGAGACGACACCCAGACCCUGGGCAGCCUUCACCUCCCUCCCAACUGUGUUCUCCACUGCCACGUGUCCACUCGGGUGGGUUCCUCACACCCACCGUGCCCACCGGGGUCAGAGCCAGGCCCCUCCGGGCUGGAAGUAGGCAGCCUGCUGCUGCCCCUGCUGCUUCUGCUGCUGCUGCUGCUCUGGUACUGCCAGAUCCAGUACCGGCCCUUCUUUCCCCUGACCGCCACUCUGGGUCUGGCCGGCUUCACCCUGCUCCUCAGUCUCCUGGCCUUUGCCAUGUACCGCCAGUAGUGCCUCCACGGGCUCUUGGCAGUGUUGCUGGCCCCUCCGGACCUUGCUCCCCACGACACGGUGGGAGUUGCUGUCUGCCCAGGCCUGCCUCUCCGACCUGCCUCUUCCCACUACCCUGGAGCCCAGCCCUGCGCCGCAGAGCACUCCGGGGGCCAGCGGAGGCCCCUCCCUGCGACCUCCACGGCUCUGGGCCGCCCCCCGGGGCAGCUGGCCCUCAGCGCCCACCAACAGUCGGCUCCUCCGGGUCAGACAGCUGCUGUCGCUGCCUGGGCCCUGGGCAGAGCCGGGCCACGCCCCUGGGCCCUUCUUAGUGUUCUGCCUGAGAAUCCAGCCACCUCUAGUCCCUGACAGCUCCUUGGGCUGAUUUAGGGACUCAAAGACUGAGGGGCCAGAGAAGGGGAGCUGGGAGGGGUGGAGGGGGUUCUCUGGAACAUGUGCAGAUUAAAUAACUGUGAAGUUUUCA